AUGGCAGUGAUACAAGGACCUGUGACAGGUGCAGAUGGACGGUGGGGAACCGAGGAGCCCUCUCCACCUGUGUUGGCUGUUGUCGGUGAUUACUACUCAGAGAUAUCCAUAGCAGUUACUAGGCAACUCAACCUGGAGUAUAUCCCUCAGAUAAGUUAUGGUUCAACCGCUGGUCUCCUGAGUGAUAAGAACCGUUUUCCAAGCUUUAUGAGGACGGUGCCAGAGGACGAUCAUCAAGCACGCGCCAUCAUCGAGAUUCUCAAAAACCACCAAUGGACCUGGGUUGGCAUAGUGACAACUGAUGGUGACUACGGCCGCUAUGCACUUGAACGCCUCAAGUACUAUGCAGCAGAAAACAACAUCUGCUUUGCCUUCACCUCUAUCAUCCCAGAUGUUCUGGGUGACAGCAAAGUCAGGGACCGCAUCGAAGCUACAGUUAAAAGCAUUACUGAAAAUGAAAAAGUCAAGGUCAUCGUGUCCUUUGCCAAACCUCACCAUAUGAUGUAUCUUUUUGCCAGUCUUCUCAAAGAUCCUCGAGGCAGGGAGAAAGUUUGGGUUGCCAGUGAUAAUUGGUCACAAUCACAAUUUGUAUUGGGAAAUUGGACUUUAAAUCAUGUGGGAACAGUCAUUGGGAUUACAUUAAAAACUGGAAACACAACCAAUUUUAACCAAUACCUUAGUCAUCUCGAUAUGAACCCUGACCAUCACAAGAACAACUCAUUCUUGUAUAAGUUUCUUAAGGAACAACAGCAAGAAAAUGAAACUAGUUCUAAUCCCAAUGAGGUACUAAUAAAGAGGAUAUAUCCAUAUGCUGUGUUCAGUGUUGAGUUGGCAGUCAGAGCUAUUGCUCAGGCUGUUGCGGACCUUUGCGUCAACAGGGACUGUAAGACGGAGGAAAGAUUACAGCCCUUGGAGGUACGAGGAGCCUUAAGGAAGGCAACGUUCCACAUGGAUGGGCAAAACUAUAAAUUCGACGACAGGGGUGACAUCAACUCAGGAUAUGAUGUCAUCCUGUGGAGGCAAGAUGCAUCAACCUUCGUGGACGUGCACUACAUUGUGGCUAAUUAUGACAUAGGAAACAAGACGCUCAAUUUCACUUCAACACAAGCAUAUCAAGAUGUCAAUAAUGUCACAGGAAAAGUGACUUCCAGAUGCUCUAACACCUGUAAACCAGGUUAUAGGAAGCAGUCAUCUGAGGUUUCGCCAGUUUGCUGCUAUGAAUGCCACCCCUGCCCUGUGAACCACUUUUCCAACACAACGGAUGCCACACAGUGUCAAAUGUGUAAUACUGAUACUCAUUACUCCUCCAACUCAAGUGAAAUCUGUCACCGCAAGCAAACUGUUUUCCUGAGUUGGCGUGAUAGGUAUCAUAUCGCGCUGCUGGCAUUUACUGCUCUGGGAGCACUGCUUACCCUUACUGUUGGGAUCAUCUUCUUAGCACGUUGGAAUACCCCUGUUGUGCGUGCAAGUGUCGGCCCUAUCUGCAUCAUCCUCCUCUUCUCUCUCCUCAGCACAUUUGUGAGUGUGAUAUUAUUUGGUGGUAAACCCACUGACUGGCAGUGCCAAGCUCGACAGGUAAUGUUUGGCUUGAGCUUCACCCUAUGUGUCUCCUGCAUCAUGGUCAAGUCCUUGAAGAUCAUCUUGGCCUUUGAGUUUGACCCCAGCACUCAGAGAGUCCUGAAAAAGCUCUACCAGCCCUUUAUCAUUAUUGCACUGUGCAUGGUAGGUCAAGUUCUCAUUUGUGCCUUGUGGCUUGCAUUUAAGCCUCCAAAAUCCAAAUGGGAGUCAACGGAAGACAAAAUGUUCCGUCUGCGUUCUUGCAAUGAAAAGUCAUUUGCUGCAUUUGGUGCCAUGUUAGGCUAUAAUGGCAUUUUAGCUUUAAUCUGUUUUGGCCUUGCUUUCAAGGGCAGAAAUCUACCUCGUUGUUAUAAUGAUGCAAAGUUCAUCACCUUUAGUAUGCUGAUUUAUUUCAUUUGCUGGAUCAUCUUUGGCCCAGUGUAUGUCACUGUCACAGGCAAAUACCUUCCAGCAGUAGAGAUGGUCGUCAUCCUCCUCUCAGCCUACGGCAUCCUGUUUUGUUUGUUCUUCACAAAGUGUUACGUUAUUCUGUUUAAGCAGGAAGCAAAUACAGAGAGUGCGUUCCGCCAGGAAGUCAGGAACCAUUCCUUGGGUGAAGGUUUGAGUGCUCUGAAUUUGGUCUCAUCUUCAUCUAGCUCUGAAGGACUCCAAAACCGUGCUUUAGAUGUGGAGUCAUCAGCGUCCAAGCCACUGUCAUCAGAUCCACCGAACCCAACCAUAAGCUCUAGCCCACGGUCAUUCUCUAUUUGUCCAGACUCAAACCUACUGCCUACUAGGCUGCAGAAUGACCACAAUGCCAAUAAAAGAGAUUUAAGGAGAUAUUUAAGCAUGCCAUCAUAA